AUGGCGGAAGCGUGGGCGUGGGUCCUGUACAACGUGGUCGGCGUGCCGCUGUUCCACCAGAGGAGGGUGGCGGGCCAGCUGGCACUCACGAGUGACGUCGUCAUCGUGACCCCGGAGGACAUGGUCUACGCCGAGACCUUGCUGGCGGCGGGGCCCGACGUCUCGGCGGUGAGGUUCUCGGCCACGAGGUGGCCGCCGCCGCCGGGGAUCGACCCGGGCUGGACGUACAGGUUCCGCCAGGCCCCCUCGGCGGCGCGCGAGGCGGCCUGGCUGGCGGCCGCCGUCGCGGAGGCCGACGCGGAGUUCGGCCGCCGCCAUCCUGGGGUGCCCGCGCCGCCUGGGGGCACCCUGGCGCCUAUGGCGGGGGGCCUGCUGCUGGGGUUCGUGGCGCCCGCGGCCGUGGCGGCCGCCGUCGUGGGACCUGUGCCGCCUCCCGUGGGGGCUGCCGCCGCCCCGCCCGCGGCCGGGGUCGGCGCCGCCGUGGCGGCUGCUGCCGGGCCGCCCGCGCCCAACGGGCCGCUCCCCGUGGUGGCGCCAGGGCCCGCGGCUGGCGUGCCCAUCGCGCCGGGCGCCCCCCCCGCCGUCGGCGCUCCUCCUGGACCCUCCUGGAAGGACGACGGCGGCGCCCCCCUAGGGGAGAACGGCGAGGCGCCAGCGGGCUGGUCGUGGGUGCUUGCCGAGGACGCGGGCGGCCUCGCCUGCGGCUCCGUGGUGCAGGUCGGCCCGAUCGGCGGCGCGCUCCUGGCCGCGCGGGCGGGCCGAAGGGCGACCGUCACCCUCGUCGGGGGAGCCUCCGCCAUGGCUUUCCUCCUUGAGGACUGGCGGCGAGGCGACUUCAUCGACAAGUGGCGGGGGGCCGACGCGAGGAUCUUGGCGCGCGCGCCGGGCACGCGCCUGGCGCGGAGCUGGCUCGCGGUGACCGAGGCGGCGGUGGAGGUGGCAGACCCCAGUUUCAUCCUGCAGCCGAGGUCCGCGGGGUGGUGCGUGGCGUGGUUGCUGAGGGAGGGCGGGCCCAUCCAGCACCACGAGAGCUGGAAAUCCCGCAAGCGGCUCAGCUCCUCGGACUGGGGCGUCUCAGAGCACCACACGCUCUCCACCGUGCUGGGGGACCUCGCCGCGCAUGACGAGGUCAAUGUGACGAACCUCCUCGGCAAGCAGCGAGAGCAGGAUGCUGGACAACUGAAGCUGCCGGUGGAAGAGGUCUCUGCCUUCAUGGGCGGCACGGGUCUGUCGAGCCGCCCGAGCAGCAUGGUGCGCCCCGCCCUGUUGGGCGUCGUCGGGAAGGAGCUCGAGCGCAUCAGUCAGAUCAAGAAGAACGCCCGCAAGCUGCGGGAGGAGGCGAAGGCGGUCGAGCCGCUCAACGGCCUCAGCGGCGCUGGGGCGCAGGGUGGCUCACUGCCGCGGGCUGGCGCGACGCUCGCGCAGCAGCAAUGCCUGGCGCGGAUCGCGGACUCCGUCGCCCAGCUGGGUCGCCCGCCAGGUGGCCUUUUCGGCGUGGCCAAGAAGAGCGGGAAGCAGCGGCUGGUCGUCGACGCCCGCCCAGCCAACUUCUGGUUCGGCGACCCCGAGGGCGUCCACCAGGCCACCGGCGCUGCGCUGGCAGCGAUCGAGUUGCCGGACGGCGCCAACUUGUGGACAGCCUCGGCUGACAUCGCGGACGCUUUCUACAACGUGGAGUUGCCGGACGCCUGGAGGCCGUACUUCGCGCUCCCUCCGCUGGGCUCCUGGAGGCUUGGGCGUGAGGCCGUCCCCGGGCAGCCUCACCCGCAGCGGCUCUGGCCGCGGCUCGCGGUGCUGCCCAUGGGCUGGUCCCGCGCGCUGGCCAUCUGCCAGCGGGUGUCGGAGGCGGCCGCCGACCGCGCAGGGCUGUCAGUGCUGUCCAGGAUCGCGGGCCGGCGUGCCGGCCCUAGUCUGGGCGCCGGCGCGCACCUCGUGUACGUCGACAACUUCGCGCCCCUCGCCCUCGACGGGGGCGCCGCCGACCGCCUGAAGGGUGACAUGGUCACAGAGCUGCGCAGCGAGGGCCUCCCGGUGCGUGAGGAGGAGCCUGCCUCGCUCCAUGCGCAGGUGCUGGGCUGGGUGAUCGAUGGCGCGCUGGGAGCAGUCGCGCCUUCGCCUCGGAGAGCCUGGGGGAUCAUCCUGGCCACGCGUGCGCUCCUCGCCAUGCCGAAGGUCUCGGCUCAGCAGGUGCGCCAGGUCGUGGGGCACUACGCCUUCCUCUUCCUGGUGAGGCGCCCGCUGCUGGCUGUUUCCUCGGCCGUGUACCGCUUCGUCGCAAAGGCCGGCGAGGCGCCCAGGCCCUGGUGGCCCAGCGUGCGCCGAGAGCUGGUGUGGGCCAAGGGAGUUGCCCCGCUGGCGCGCGCCGACCUCCGGGCCCGCUGGUUGGGCCGAGUUCUGUGCGCGGAUGCCUCCGAGUGGGGCCGAGGGGUGUGCGAGCGUGAAAUGAGCGGAGACGUGGUGGAGAGGAUGGGUAGGAUCCAGGAGCGCUGGCGCUUCCGAGACCCCAGUGCAAGGGCGCCGCGGGAGCAGCUCAUCGAGCCCCUCGAGCCCCUGGAGGCCCGCGUCUACUCCGAGCCGCCCUCGAGAGGUCACGUCAGCAGCGCGCCGUCGGACAUCCAGGAGCCCAUCGCCCCCAUGGACAAAGGCAGCCCCCGCGUGGGGCCCCAGGAGACCGACUUCGAGCCUCUGGAAGUUCAUCGCAUCUCUGGGGGCUGGGUCGUCAUCUCGAGCGGGGCCUGGGAGAGGGAG